GACUUAUAACGUUAACCGUCUGACAGAUAUCUGGAUAAACUCAUUACUUUAAGAGCUGCCUUUCCAAAGAUAAGAAUCGAGCGCUGCCGGCAAACUGAAUUGUUUACUUGGGGCGGAGGCGGUGAAGAGGAGAGGCUGCACAUGUGGGGGCGGAGAAGUCAUGUGACGCAACCCGGAAGUGGAGGGAGAAGAACGAGGGGGGCGGGGCUGCAUCUGACAGGCGCGGCCGCGUCCUUCGCUCUCAUCACAAGAAGGGACCAGCAGCAUGGCGACACUGUGCGUGUUCCUGCUGAUAGCGGUCCCCUUGGACCCGGUGCUCUCUCUUGCAUUCUACCUGCCGGUCAACUCGAUCAAAUGUCUACAAGAACGCAUCGGCAAAGACGUGCUCGUCUCAGGCGAGUACGAAGUGAGCCAACAGCAUGAAACAACGCGGACUACUUUGAAGAUAGUUGAUUCUUUGUGGGAGACAUUGUACAUCAAGGAGAAUGCCACGAAAGGGAAAUUGUCAUUCGUAACACCAAAUUACGAACAGAUUGAAGUUUGCUUCAGCAGCAUAUCUCCAAUGGGCAGUGGGAGGGUCCCAGACCAACUGGUCAUACUGAACCUGAAGCAUGGCGUGGAAGCCCAAAACAACAGAGAGAUUGAAAAACUGGAGAAACUGACCCCCCUUGAGGCGAAGCUAACGCAUCUUGAGCACCUCUCACAGUCCAUUGCAGAUGACUUUACCUACCUGAGGAAACGAGGGAAGGAGAUGCGACAAACAAAUAGUUUGGGGUUUAGCCAGAAGAGCAAGCUUGUUCCACAAAUAUGCAAAUUCAGCUCCGCAGUGUCAUAUCCGUAUGCGGUUUUCUUGCAUUGGCCACGUGGCAGAUUUCCUUUUUGAGACGAUUCUUCAAGACCAAGAAGUUGAUUGAGUAAAUACGCCUGAGGGACUGAAAGUCUGGGAACAUAUACAUGGUCGCUACAAUGUGCCUUUUGCUGCAUUUGUCUUAAUGCGUCACAUUCCGCCGAUGCAUAUUUGAAGGGUUCAUUUAAAGAAAAAACACAACGGAUAUUUUUUGUCCUCCAUGAAAUAUCAAUCAAACUGGUGAUGGGUUGUUUUAAUAACAUACAUUUUUUUAUUUUCCUAAAUCAUGAUUCCCCCCCCCCACUGUGAAGUCAAGGGAAUAUCAAUUGUUAUUGUUUAAUUCAGUUUAAGAAUUCCUUCAUAAACUGUUUUUGUGUACGACUUGUGUAUAUUUGCUAUACAUGUUAAAUAUGUUGUUUAUAUUAAAAGUCUUCCUGUGAAUUUACAAA